UCCUAAACAGGUUAUUAGUUUACCUACAGCUCACCUUCUUCCUUCUCUUUUAUUUUUGGGUCGAAGUCUUCUUUUGCUCUUCAGCUGAAUCAAUCAGCCCUCUUCAGCUCACCUUCGUCCUUUUCUUCUUCUCUCCUUUCAAUCGUUCUUCUGAAUUUCUCCCAGUUCUCGUGGUCCUUCCAAUCUCCAAGUCCAGGGCGGCACAGAAUCGGAGAAAACAAAAUUGGUUUGGGAGGUUAAGCCCACCCUAAUAGUAGAUGAUCCUGGCGGCGCCUCUGUAGCUUUUAACAUGGCGGGCCUUCAGAACCGGCGGCAGAAACUGGACCCCUCUGCUGGGGUGUUUAAACGACCCCGUAUCGACUCCGAUGACAUCAUCAUUGAAAUACUGUCAAGGCUUCCAGUCAAAUCUUUACUCCGAUUUCGGUGUGUAUGCAAGUCAUGGCAUACUUUGAUCUCCGAUUCUCAGCUUGUUAGGAAGCACCUCCGCCGCGCAGUCAGAGGGGUCAAUGCUAAUAGCUGUAAGCUCCUUAUUUCAAACAGUCCUCUGUAUUCCAUAGACUACGAAGAACUGGAGGAUGUCAAUAGUUUUGUUGCAAUCAGAGAGCUUCAUUUACCAGUACCGUUAGUGCUUGACCGAAUGAGAAUUGUGGGUUCUUGCAACGGCUUGAUAUGUCUGCACGAAAACAAAGGCGACUUUUUCUUAUGGAACCCGUGUACUAGAGAUACCCUGAAGUUACCAGGAGUUACUUAUUUUCCUUCUAGUCCAAUGUUUUAUGGAUUCGGUUAUGAUUCCACCAUAGAAGAUUACAAGGUUAUAGUGGGUGGCACAUCUAGUAGUGAAAGUGGUUUGCUUACAACCACAAUUGCGCUCUUUACUCUAAAAUCGGGUUCGUGGAGGACUGUUCAAGACCUUAACUAUGUUAAAUUGAAUGGGCAGGGGUGUUUGUUAAAUGAAGCUCUGCAUUGGGUAGAGUUUGAAUGGAGGCUGGAGGCGUCUUUCUAUGUACUUAGUUCAAGAAUCAUCUCUUUUGAUUUCAGGAUUAUUGAAGUAUGA